AUGAAGACCAUUACCAUCAACCAGACUGUCGACAUUCCAGAGAGUGUGGACAUUUCCCUGAAGGGGUGCAUGGUCAUUGUGAAGGGCCCCAGGGGAACCCUGCGGAGGGACUUCAAUCACAUCCACAUAGAACUCACCUCCUUGCAAAGAAGAGGUUUCGAGUGGACAAAUGACGAUGGACCUUACUUCAAAGCAGGCAAGGACACAUGCGGCGCAGAUGCGGCUCUGGUAUGCCGCAGAGAGAGCAUUCCAGAGGAGUUCCGGGGCCUCACUGUGGUGGAGCUGAUGAAAAAAGAGGGGAGCACACUCGGCCUGACCAUCUCAGGGGGCACCGACAAAGAUGGGAAACCCAGGGUCUCCAACCUGAGACCUGGGGGGCUCGCAGCCAGGAGCGACCUGCUAAACGUGGGUGACUACAUCCGGUCCGUGAAUGGGAUCCACCUGACCCGGCUCCGGCACGACGAGAUCAUCACCCUGCUUAAGAACGUGGGCGAGCGUGUGGUGCUGGAGGUGGAGUAUGAGCUGCCCCCGCCCGCCUUGGAGCACAACCCGGGAAUCCUUUCAAAGACGGUGGAUGUCUCCCUGUACAAGGAGGGCAACAGCUUUGGCUUUGUCCUCAGAGGAGGUUCCCAUGAAGAUGGCCAUAAGUCCCGCCCACUCGUCUUGACCUAUGUGCGGCCUGGUGGCCCAGCUGACAGGGAGGGUUCCUUGAAGGCGGGUGACCGGCUACUCAGCAUCGAUGGUGUCCCUCUGCACGGGGCCAGCCACGCUGCUGCCCUGGCCACCCUGCAGCAGUGUAGCCAUGAGGCCCUCUUCCAGGUGGAGUAUGACGUGGCCAUCCCGGACACAGUGGCCAGUGCAUCCGGGCCCUUGAUGGUGGAGAUUGCCAAGACUCCAGGCUCCACCCUGGGCAUCUCGCUCACCAUGCGCUCCCACCGCAGCAAGUCCAUCGUUACCAUUGACCGCAUCAAGCCAGCCAGCGUGGUGGACAGGAGCGGGGCGCUGCACGCUGGGGAUCACAUCCUCUCCAUCGACGGCACCAGCACAGAGCACUGCUCGCUGCUCGAGGCCACCAAGCUCCUGGCCAGCGUCUCGGAGAAAGUGCAGUUGGAGAUCCUGCCCGCGCCCCAAAGUCGGCGACCUCUGAAGCCCACAGAGGCAGUGAAGGUGCAGAGGAGUGAGCAGCCUCGCUGGGACCCAUGCCUGCCCUCCUGCCACAGUCCCCGGCCCCCCAGCCACUGCAGGGCAUCUAGCUGGACCACGCCGGCUGGCCAGGACCAGAGCAGAUCCCUGUCCUCCACGCCCUUUUCCUCGCCAACCAUGAACCACGCCUUCUCCUGCGCCAACCCCGGCACUCUUCCCUGUGGAGUCCAGCCCGCGAGCCCCAGGACCACGAUGGGGCGGAGGAGGCAGCGAAGAAGGGAGCACAGAAGCUCACUGUCACUGGCCUCCAGCACAGUGGGACCAGGUGGACAGAUCGUGCACACAGAGACCACCGAGAUCGUGCUCUGCGGAGACCCCCUCAGCGGCUUCGGCCUUCAGCUCCAGGGUGGCAUCUUUGCUACCGAGACUCUGUCCUCCCCACCCCUUGUGCGCUUCAUCGAGCCCGACAGUCCGGCUGAGAGGUGUGGGCUGCUGCAGGUGGGGGACCGUGUGCUCUCCAUCAAUGGCAUUGCCACAGAGGAUGGAACCAUGGAGGAAGCCAACCAGCUGCUGCGGGAUGCUGCUCUGGCCCACAAGGUUGUGUUGGAGAUCGAGUUCGAUGUGGCAGAGUCCGUCAUCCCAAGCAGCGGCACCUUCCACGUGAAGCUUCCCAAGAGGCGGGGUGUGGAGCUGGGCAUCACCAUCAGCUCGAGCAGCAGGAAGCGAGGGGAGCCUCUGAUCAUCUCGGACAUCAAGAAAGGCAGUGUCGCACAUAGGACGGGCACCCUCGAGCCAGGUGACAAGCUACUGGCCAUCGACAACAUCCGACUGAACAACUGCCCCAUGGAGGAUGCCAUGCAGAUCCUGCGGCAGUGCGAGGACCUGGUGACGCUGAAGGUCCGGAAGGAUGAGGACAACUCCGGACUUGGGUCUGAAAUUGAGGGAGCUUCAGGCAGCCUCAGCGAGACCAGUGAUGCUGAGGAGGACCUGCCUGAGACUCUCAAAGGGGGCCUGCUGGCAGCCCGGUUCUCCCCCGCCGUGCCCAGCGUGGACAGUGCUGUGGAGUCCUGGGACAGCUCUGCCACAGAGGGCGGUUUUGGAGGACAAGGUUCCUACACCCCGCAGGCGGCAGCCCGGGGUGUGGCCCCCCAGGAGUGGCGGCCUGGCUGCCUGAGGAGCAGCUCCCCACCCACAGAACCCCGGAGGAGGAGCUACACCCAGGCCCCUGCAGAUGAGAGCUUCCCUGAGGAAGAGGAGGAGGAGGAGGAUUGGGAGCCACCCACGAGCCCAGUUCCUGGCCCCACCAGCGAGGAGGGCUUCUGGCACGUGUUUGGGGAAGUUCUCGAAGACCUGGAGUCAUGUGGUCAAUCAGAGCUGCUGAGGGAACUGGAGGCAUCCAUCAUGACGGGCUCUGUGCGUCAUGACGUGGCUCUCAAGAGCAGGCUGAGCCCCGGGCCCUGGCGGAGGAGCCGGGAGGUCCGCCCUCCCCCAGAAGAGAUGCAGGAGCUGCUGCUGCCAAUGCCGUUGGAGAUGCACAAGGUGACCUUGCACAAGGACCCCACGAGGAAUGAUUUUGGGUUCAGCGUCUCAGACGGCCUCCUGGAGAAGGGUGUCUAUGUUCACACUGUGCGACCUGAUGGACCAGCCCAGCGUGGGGGCCUCCGGCCCUUUGACAGGGUCCUCCAGGUCAACCACGUCCGCACACGGGACUUUGACUGCUGCCUGGCGGUGCCACUCCUGGCCCAGGCGGGUGACAUCCUGGAGCUGGUAGUCAGCCGAAACCCACUGGCUCAGGCCAGCCGGGCCCCACGCACACCAGGCCCUCGCAGUCCCCGUAUGCUCUGAAGUCAGCUUGCAGUCUGACCCAAGUGGUGGAUGGAUCCUGGCUCCCGGACCUGUAACCUGUUGGAACUCCUGUGUUUCUCUGCUCACAGGCUCAAUGUCAGGGAUGGGACCGUGUCUCUAUUCCAUGGUUCGAUGGGGCCUGGGUGCCAGGCAUGGGACUCUGUGCCCCUGGGGGGGUGACAUAUGGAUCUUUUGUCAAGCUGGGUCUCCAAUGUGCCCAGAAGAGCCCCUCCUGGGAAGGUGAGAACGUUGGGGACAGGCUGCUCAGCCAUAAGUCCCCGCUGGGCCUCUGUUUGAGGGUCACAUGCUCGGGAAUGCCGAGUGGGGAUUGCCGUUUCCCAGCCCAAGCCAUGGAGCCGGAAGGAGCUGCCGGGAGCAUGAGCUACCUUCAGGAAGGGGAGUUCCCUGUACCUCGAGAGGGGAGCAAGUGGGAGCUGGUAGGACCAUGGACAUCCCGUAGAUGCAGCCAUAUGGGCGCAGCUCUGUACCGAUCAGCACCAGGGGAGCAUUCAAGGUGAGGUUGGGCAGCCACAUUCGACAGUGUAUGCCACCAGGGAGGGUGUUCCUCUGGGUGGGAGCUCAGCCCUUCCCAAGCUCCAGAGCGCUGGUGCUGGGGGACUGCAUCCUCACUCAGGAAACUGUGAGCUGGAAACGCUGUGAUCCCAGGAUGCUCUGGUCCUGGUCUCAGAAAGCCGGUGAUGCCGUCACUCGAGUGUCUCUGGUCCGAAGCUUCUGUGAUUCGAGACUCUGGUUCUGUGUUCGCUGGCCAGCUCAGGGUCCAGCUCCUGGCUCUCAGCCCCUCUAGCCUCAUUUUUUAAGGGCCCAGGGUCACUGGUCCAUCUGCACACCCCCCUUUUCAUCCCAAGCCCCUCAAUGCAGGAGGGCCAAGAGGCCUGCCAUUUCAGUGGAGCUUGGAAACCAUGGAGCUAUGAUGCAUGUAUGACACACACCUACAUCAUCAUGCAGUGCCUCUUCAAAACCCACCUCAGUGAGAGAGGCGAGAGGAAGGGACCCGCCGAGGUGGAGCGCAAGAGAGGCAGGCUGGCAGAGAUGGGGCGUGUUCUCCCACCCAAAGGCCUGUGCCCAGCCGCUGCCCAGGGGCCCCUCACCCGCAGGGCUCCCCUGUGUGUGUGUCAGGGUAGAAUGAUGCUCACAGGAUUUUCCAGGGCUGCCUUCGCACAAGUUGAUCCCUGGCCUUUUAUCUGAGGUGCCCUGGGGUGAUCUGAGGCAAGUGGCCCAGUCUCUCUGGACUCCGAUGAAGUAGCAGAGCUGGCCGCCACACUCCAGGUGACAGAUGAUGAUGCAUCCUGGCCCUGACUAGUGCCCCACCCCACCCCCACUUCCACCCCUAGGGCCCCAGGUCUCCGCCAUCCUCCCAGACGUACGCAGCCAGGCCUGUGGUGGGCCUCCUCACCACCCUGGACUUCCUCAUAUGCAAUAUUUCUCUGGCUUCUCGUGGGGCUUGUUCCCAACUCCUUCUGGAGCGCCCCUCCCCUGUGAGCCUCCUCCCGCCUGCCUAUGCAUUUGGGGUACAGCCCCUGUGACAUGCCCCCAGCCCCCCCCUCCCCCAAAGCUGUAUUUUUUUCUCUAGCUGAGAUGAGUGCAUAUUCCUUGUAAAGUAUUUUUCUACAUGGGAUUUUCUUAGGGCUUUUGGGAAGCACAACAUGGCCAGGGACAGCAUUGCCAAGGUCAUUUGGGGUCUGUCUAGGGAGGGUGGCGGGGGGCGUGUAAAUCCCGACUUAACCAGGGUUGCAGUGACCUGGGAGUUGGGUAGA